AUGGCCACAGACUUCAUAGGCUUGCAGCCCGAACCGGAGCUGAUAGGGCAGGCCGCCGAGGAUCCGCGCCUUCGGGGCGGCCGUGAGAUGCCUUCAACCCUUUCCACUUCGGCCAAGCCAGGCGAUCGUGGCCAAGAUCCUGCCUUGAAUGUGCAGGGCUCCGAGCAGGUGGAAGUGCUGAGCAUGGAGGAGCUCUUCGUGGCUUCUGCCCUGUUCGAAACGGGCUGUGGCGUGAUCAUCCUUCUCAGUGUUCUUGCGAUCGCCUGGGAAAUGGACGAUGUCUUCACACCACAGUUCCGUCAGUUUUUGGAGAGUGGCGUCACAAGCUUCUUCCUGGUGGAGUGGAUCGUCCGGCUGAAGGCGAACGGCAAGCAAUGGUUGCUGGAGCCGGUCGUCAUGUUCGACACCUUCCUGGUUUGGGUGCCAGGAGUCUUAGCAGUGUGGAUCCUGCAGCCGAGCAUCCAGGACGGGGCCACCGACUUCUUAAAGCUGGUGAGAACCAUCCGGAUGCUGCGUUUGUUGCGCAUCGUGCUUUUCUUCAAACACUUCAAGGCCUUCCAGGACCUCUUCAAGCUUGUACGAGGUCUCUUAAGCAGCGGCAGCACAUUGCUGUCGGCCAUGGGCUUGAUUGCAGCGACACUGUACACGUUUGCAAUUUUUGCGAUUGACCUGAUCGGCAACCAGGACUUCACAGGCGCGGGUGAUGACGUCCUGGAGGCGCAGGGAAUGUUCCAGGGACUCUUCACCACGAUGAUUACUCUCAUGCGGUUCAUGCAUGGAGACGACUGUCAAGGCAUCCUGGACGUAUUGACAACGCGUCAGCCCUGGAUAUGGGUGUUUCUCUGGCUAUUCACAUCACUGUCGUCGUAUGUCCUGCUGAACUUGGUGACGGCCGUCAUUGUGCAGCAGGCCUUGGAGAUGAGCUCGGCCGACGAAGCUGACCUUGCACUGCAGAUGCAACAGCAACGGGAAGAGGACAUGCGUGAGUUAGAGACGACCUUCAGAACGUUGGAUGAAGACCAAAGCGGACAGGUCAGCUUGGAGGAGUUCAUGCAGGCGUUCAAAAUCAAGGAAGUCAAGACGAAGCUGACCUUGUUGGGCCUGAAGGAAGCCGAGAUGUUGGACCUCUUCCGUCUGCUGGAUACGGACGGUGAGGGAGAGCUCUCCCUGGACGAGUUCAUGCAGGGCAUGAGCCAGCUGAAGGGGGAGGCCAGAAACAAGGACAUGCUUCUUCUUGAGAAGAGCAUUGAGCGACUUGGAGCCAAGUUGCACAAGCUCGAAGAAUGCGAUCCGGCGGACCUUGAAUUCAAGAAUGCCUUCGACACAGAGACGGGAGCCCGGCUCAGGCAGACAUUCGAGAAGAUCAGAGACAACAUCGACGAGCGGCUGACGCAGGCAGAGGCCGAAGUUCAGGAGGUGGUUGACUUCCUGAGCCGCCUUUCAGAAGAGUUCGCAGCUCUUCCGCCUGGAUUGGAUGUGAAAAAGCUUCUGGCCCAGGAAGAUGAGCCGCCACCCAGAGAACAGUUGCAGGCGUCGCCAGCCUCAGGAAGAGAAGCUCCAUCUACACAACGAGGUAGCUUCGUCGGAAGCCUCGUCAGUGAAUCCACCAUGGGGCCUUCGGGAGCCGAAGGUGCGGGCAGAAACGCAGCUGUGCCGGUGCAGCGGGGUAGCUUGCUCAGUGAAUCAACCCUUGGGGCUGCAGGGAGCAACGCACCCGUGCCGGUGCAGCGGGGCAGCUUGUUCAGUGAAGCCAGCGGCGCUGGAGGGAGCAAAGCACCCCAGCUGACGCAGCGGGGCAGCUUGUUCAGCGACCCUGGCUCUGCCGUGCCUUCAGGCGCAGGAACAACCAGGCGGGGAAGCCUCUUCAGCGACGCAAGUGCAGCUCAGCCUCGAGGCAACUUUGCGAAGCCGUGA